AUGGGUGCAUCAGGUUUAGGUUCUGGUUUAGCAAAUUGCAUUAAUCUCUCAAAUUUGACACUUAACCUUUAUGAGAAUUAAAUUGGUUCAAUGGGUGCAUCAGGUUUAGGUUCUGGUUUAGCAAAUUGCAUUAAUCUCUCAAAUUUGACACUUGACCUUUAUGAGAAUUAAAUUGGUGCAAUGGGUGCAUCAGGCUUAGGUUCUGGUUUAGCAAAUUGCAUUAAUCUCUCAAAUUUGACACUUGACCUUCGCCAAAUCAAUAAAUCAUAAAAAUUCAAAGUUAUAAGCAAGUGUCUUAAAUCAAAAAGAUUAGUUGUCUUUAAAAAAUUAUUCUGA